UCGGUGCCCCGGGCUGGGCGAGCAGCUCCGUGCAUACCACACCGGGGCCCGCGCGGACCCCCAGGCCAAGAGACCCCUCACCCAGCCCCGAGGGCCCAGAUUCCGCCGUGGGGCCGGUGGAGCCAAAGCCGCGCCGGGGCGGGCGCCUCCAGGCCACCAGAUGUUCGCCAUCCAACCGAGGGUGGCUGAGGGGGGCCAGUUCCUGGAGGGCCGGCCUCCUGGAGUGUGUCAGCCUGAGUUCCAAGCCGACAGCAACUCCAACUUCAUGGCAAGAGCCAAGGAUGCCAAUGAGAACUGGCGUGGGAUGCCAGGCCAAGUAGAGCCCAUCCCGAUGAGGAGCUCCGCCCAGUUGCCCUCUGACAACCAGGCUUUCCAGGCCCCUGGACUCCCAGAAGGAGAGGUCCGCAGCCCGCCAGAGGGGGCAGAGAUCCCCAGAGCUGAGCCUGAGAAAAUGGGUAGUGCUGGCACAGUCUGCUCCCCUCUAGAAGACAAUGGCUAUGCCAGCAGCUCCCUAAGCAUUGACAGCCCCAGCAGCAGCCCUGAGCCUGCUUGUGGGACCCCUCAAGACCCUGGCCCUGCAGAUUCCCUUCUGCCCUCAGUGGCCCAGGCUGUGCAAAAGCUGCAGGCUCAAGAGCGCUACAAAGAGCAGGAGAAGGAGAAGCACCAUGUGCACUUGGUGAUGUACCGCCGCCUGGCCCUGCUUCAGUGGAUCCGAGGCCUGCAGCACCAGUUGGUUGACCAGCAGGCCCGCCUGCAGGAGAGCUUUGACACCAUCCUAGACAACCGAAAGGAGCUUAUCCGCUGCUUCCAACAGAGGGCAGCACCAUGCAGGCCCCAGGACCAGCGCUAAGGCCUCCAUUGGGGUGCAAGGGUCUAUAUGUAUAUAUUUGCAGGCAUGUAUGUGGUUGAACACAAGUACAUGAUUAUUAACUGGUAUGAGUGCAGGUAAGCAUACAUGAGCAUGCAUGUGCUAACAUGUGCCAGGCAUGUAUGAAUUAGCACCUGUGCAUCAGUUUACAUGUGCUGUGUAUACACACAGUCUAACUUAUGUGCAGGCCCAUAUCAGGUGUGUCCAUCUGCGUAUAUCUAUGUAUGUAUGUUACACACAUACCUCUCACAUACAACAUGUAUCUAAGAGGGAGUGAAUUUGUACGUGUGUGCAUGAACAGGGCCCCAGUGGUGUGUGCAUAUGUGCAUGAGUGAGGGGCUAUAGUUGGCCCUUGAACAACACAGAUUGAAACUGCACAGGUCCACUUAUAUGUGGUUUUUUUUUCGAUAAAUACAUACAGUUCUGCAGAUGUAUUUUCUCUUACAAUUUUCUUAAUAACAUUUUCUUUAGCUUUAUUGUAAGAAUACAGUAUAUAAUACAUAUAACAUACAAAAUAAAUGUUAGUCAACUGUUCAUGUUAUCAAUAAAGCUUCUAGUCAGCUGCAGGCUAUUAGCAGUUAAGUUUUUGGAGAGUCAAAAGUUAUACCUGGAGCUUUGACUAUUUCAGGGGUUGUCACCGCUAACCCCUGCAUUGUUCAAGUGUCAACUGCACCUGCAAAAGAUGUGUGUGCACCUCUGGGUGAGUUUGAAUGUGCAGGCUUAUGGCAGGUGUGUGAGAGUGAGUUCUUAUGUGAGGGGGCCUAUAGGUAGGGGUGCGUGUGUGCAGCUGCAGGCAUGGGAAAUGUAUGUUAGGAACAUAUGUAUUUGCAGGCACAUGUGUGCGAAUAUAUAUUCCAUUCCCCCUGUGGGACAUCCAUCCACACCCUGUGUUACCCAUGGCCUGCCGUAGCCUUUUGUCCACAGGGUCUCACUGCUUCCUGGAAAGAGGGAUGCCUGCUGUCAUUUACCCGAGGGAAUCGGUGUCAGGGAGGGGAGCUGAGGGUGGUGAUGGACACUUGAACUCUGCCCCCUGGGGCACAUGGGAGAUGGGGAUGGGAGAUGAGGAUGGUAGGAUCUUGUGAAGAACAGGAGUUUGGGAAUUCUGCAACACUAGUUCCAAACAAACCACUGAUCAUCUCUCCUCUGCAAAGGAGCGCUUGCAGACCAAGUCGAUGUAAGCUUCUGAUGAAAAGGAAUGUGUGCUUCUAAGUUUGCUGUUGGGUAAAAUCUCACUUCCCUCUCUGUGCCUCUACUUGCUGUGCGUCUCUGCCGUAGCAGCCCUGGCUGGAUGUUGACUGUGUUUGGUUCGUUUCCCUGGAAUCAGACUGCCUGCACCAGGAGGAGCCACAGCCCUGCUUUCAAGGGUGGGCAGGGGGCAGUGUCAUCCUGCCUCUGUAAACUUAGGAUGCUGAGUCAUACCCCCUCCCAUCACUGAAUGGCCCUUUAAAUGUUGGCAGGCUGUAGCAGAAGCUCAGUGAACUAGAGAACUGGUGAGUUCUGGCGACAGCCAAGGACUAAGGUAGCCCAGCUCUCUGGCUUCUGGGAGCCUUUAAGUUGCAAGAUCCUGAUGGGUGAACAAGACCCUGAUGGAUUCCUGGGUGACCUCCAGGAACGUCCUGGAGGUCACUGAUGCUGCCUCUGGCCCUCAGUCUUCUGACCUGCAAAAUGCGGAGGCUCUUUCUGACGGUCCCUAAAGAGUUCUCUCCCUAAUGAUGGAUGGGUGAGGGCAGUGGGGAGGGAGGCUGAAGCAGUGACCCUGGGGACUUUGUGUCUAGCUCUUGCAUAUUGAGCAUGAACCAAGUUGAAUAA